AUGUCCGGAAACGGGAAUCUGAAAAAAGGUACCAAUCGAAAAAGAAAGAACAAAGACGGAAAAGAUGAUCAAAGAACGAAGCGAUCAAAGAAUUCUGAUCUCCCUCCAUCAGAUCGGCUCCCAAAGCAUGGAUUUCCAAGCGAUCAUCCGUAUAAUAAAGACGGAUAUCGAUAUUGUCUGGCUGAACCCGAUCCUCAUAUUCCAGAUAAUGAUCCUGAUGAAGAACAUGCUCGACCCGUUGCUAUUCCGCCAAAAGUUUAUCGAAAACUUGAGCACCCGAUUCCUCUUCUCAGCUCUCACGAUCGAGCCCAACAGCUCAAUAUAGAUGAUGAUCGAUUGACAGUAACUGGCGAGCGAGGUUACAGUACCGUACGGGGCACGCACAGCGUCCGUAAAGGAAAGUGGUACUUUGAGGUGUUAAUUAAAGAGCUGCCAGAUGACUCAGCAGUGCGAGUUGGCUGGUCGCAGAAAUAUGCGUCAAUUCAAAACCCAGUCGGUUGUGAUGUUUUUGGAUACUCGAUAAGAUCCAAGAAAGGGACAGUCUUUCAUCAAGCUCGAGGAAAAUCGUAUACCAACAAGGUCGGAUUUGAAGAAGGUGACGUGAUCGGCUGCGAAAUCUCGCUCUCUCCAAAUGCUCCUUCUGCUUAUAAACUUCCUGAUACUCUCAAAGAAGCUACCCUUAUCAAGUUCAAGAACUUUUACUACUUUGAGUCACGCGAUCAAAUGAAGAAUGCCAAAGAGAAUCUCAAGGAAGUUGAAAAUUCGAGUGUUACCUUCUAUAGAAACGGAAAAUCACUAGGAACGGCUUUCAAGAAUAUCUACGACGGGGAGUAUUUUCCGGCAAUUUCGUUGUACAAAGAUGCUAAGGUGACUGUAAAUUUCGGCGGAACUCCGUGGAAACACCGACCCGAAGCGACUGAAAAAGAGAAAGCCGCGGAACCGAUUGAAAAACGCGGCUUUUCCUCGCAAAUUGAGCAAGCAAUGGCUGACCUGUUGUUUGCUGUAGAUCUGAAAAUCAAUGGAAUACUGAAAACCGAUCUCGGCAAAAAGCUUGAUUCCAACUAUUAG